AUGGGUGCUGAAGCAGGAGUCAACAUGGGCGUGGCGCUGGUGAGGACCACUACCACCAGUCAAGUCCUGACACCUGCCCACCGUACUCUGGCCACCCAGCUUGUCGGGGAGUGUGGCAAGGAAGACAGUGCAGCAACACCUCGGCCUACCAGCAGCAACACCUCGACCUACAGCAGCAACACCUCGGCCUUCAGUAGCAACACCUCGGCCUCAGUAGCAACACCUCGAUCUACCAGCAGUAACACCUCGGCCUACAGCAGCAACACCUCGGCCUACAGUAGCAACACCUCGGCCUACCAGCAGCAACACCUCGGCCUACCAGCAGCAACACCUCGGCCUACCAGCAGCAACACCUCGAAGCCUACCAGCAGCAACACCUCCGGCCUACCAGCAGCAACACCUCGGCCUACCAGCAACACCUCGAUCUACAACACAACACCUCGAUCUACCAGCAGUAACACCGGCCUACAGCAGCAACACUGUCCUCAUAGCAGCAACACCUCGGCCUACAGUAGCAACACAUCGGCCUACAGUAGCAACACCUCGGCCUACCAGCAGCAACACCACGACCUACAACAGCAACACCUGACCUGCAGUAGCACCACCCGAUCUACCAGCAGUAACAACUCGGCCUACAGCAGCAACACCUCGGCAUAUAGCAACACUCGGCCUACAGGCAAAACACUCGGUCUACCAGCAGCAACACCACGACCUACAACAGCAACACCGACCCACAGUAGCAACACACCUCGGCCUACCAGCAGCAACACCUCGACCUACACCAGCAACACCUCGACCUCCUGUCGCAACACUCGACCUACAGCAGCAACACCGACCACAACACAACACUCGACCUACACCAGCAACACCUCGACCUACAGCAGCAACACUCGACCUACAGCAGCAACACCUCGACCUACCAGCAGCAACACCUCGACCUACCAACAGCAACACCUCGGCCUACCAGCAGCAACACCUCGACCUACUCGCAGCAACACCUCGACCUACAGCACAACACCUCGACCUACAACAGCAACACCUCGACCUACAACAGCAACACUUCGACCUACCAGCAGCAACACCUCGACCUACAACAGCAACACCUCGACCUCCAGCAGCAACACCUCGACCUACAGCAACACCUCGACCUCCUGUCGCAACACCUCGACCUACCAGCAGCAACACCUCGACCUACCAGCAACACCUCGGCCUCCAGCAGCAACACCUCGACCUCUCGCAACACCUCGGCCUACAGCAGCAACACCUCGACCUACCAACAGCAACACCUCGGCCUACCAGCAGCAACACCGACCUCCUCUCCCCAACCUCGACCUACAGCAGCAAAACCUCGACCUACAAAACCUCUCGACCUACAGCGCCAACACUUCGAUCUACGGCAGCAACACCUUGGCCUACCAGCAGCAACACCUCUUCCUACAGCACAGCAACACCUCCAACCAGCAGCAACAUCUCGACCUACGGCAGCAACACCUCCACCUACCAGCAGCAACACACUCGACCUACAGCAGCAACACCUCUUUACCACAGCAGCAACACCUCUUCCUACAGCAGCAACACCUCAACCUACAGCAGCAACACCUCGACCUACCAGCAGCAACACCUCGGCCUACCAGCAACACCUCGACCUACCAGCAGCAACACCUUGACCUACAGCAGCAACACCUCGACACCGCAGCAACACUUCGACCUACCAGCAGCAACACUUCGACCUACAGCAGCAACACCUCGACCUACCAGCAGCAACACCUCUUCUACAGUAGCAACACCUCGACCUACAGCAGCAACACCUCGACCUACCAGCAACACCUCGACCUACCAGCAGCAGCACACUCGACCUACCAGCAGCAACACUUGACCAGAGCACACCUCCCGCAGCAACACCUCGACCUACAGCAGCAACACCUCGACCUACAGCAGCAACACCUCGACCUACCAACAGCAGCACCUCGACCUACCAGCAACACCUCGACCUACAAUAGCAAACACCUCGACCUACAGCAGCAACACAAUAUAUUGCUACAACAGCAGGCAAUUCUGGGUCAUCAGUAG